CUCCAACAGUCCUCUCGCGCAUCAGUUCAAUGGCGGCUCUAGCAAGGAUCGGUGGCCGGUACCUGAAAUCCGCUGGCUUAGUUAACUCCUCCGCCACGUGUUUCUUCACUCAACGCCGUGGAGUAGCUUCGAAGCUCUUUGUUGGAGGUUUAUCGUUUUACACUACUGAACAAGGAUUAUCUGAGGAAUUUUCAAAAUAUGGCCAAGUUGUUGAAGCUCAAAUAGUUAUGGAUAGAGUCUCUGAUAGAUCGAAAGGUUUCGGUUUUGUGACAUUUGCUUCGGAAGAUGAAGCUCAGAAAGCUAUGAUGGAGUUUAACGGACAGCAAUUACAUGGCCGUGUGAUAUUUGUGGACUACGCAAAGCCGAAGCAAAGUCUUGGUGGUGGUGGUGGUGGGUUUCCAAUAGCUAGAGGACCGCCCGACGAGCCAGUUGUAGUAGUAGUAGCUGCUACAACAACUGAAACAUCUAAAAGCGAUUAACAGAACCGAAUACUACUAAUAAUGCUUAAUCUUUUAUUUAUAGUGUUUUUUGGAUUCUACUUGUAAUAUGAUGAGCAAGCAUCCUUCAGUAAUCCGUAUUAGCUUUGUGCUCAUCAUUCAAUUAUUAGCUUUUUAUACU